AUGCUAUUCCGUUGGCAUUUCAAUCUUGAACAAAAACGUUCUUUAGAAGUUUGCACGACGUUCCGUGCCUCUGAUUUUAUAAAUAAAAACAACAAUAAUGGCACAGAAAAGAAUGAGGGGGGAAAGGAUAAGGGAGAAGUUUUAUUUCAUCGUAGAGCUUACUACAUUUCUAAACCACUUGAUUUUAAAAAUCUUCCUGAACCAACAAACUAUUAUAAUAGAACUUUUAUUAAUGGUGUUAAUAAUAAUAAUAAUCUUGAUAAUUAUAAUUUACGUCCUAAUCUAAAAACAGGUUCAGAUACAUCGUUACAUCGACAAAAAUCAGCUGAAACGUUUAAAUCCAAUGAAUCUUUUAUACAUCAUAACGUGAAUCUUGAACAAUUACGAACACCUUCGAUGAUCGAAUCUGGUCGUACAGCGAUCUAUACAGAUCUACUAAAAAGGAAACAAAAAGCUGCAGAUCGAUUCUUUUUUUAUAUUGAGCCUGAUAACUCAGCCGCUACUAUAAUAGAAUGUGAAUUAUCGCCAAAAAAAUUUGACGACGAUAAACAAGAUAUUAUUAAUGAAAAACAUUACGCUGAUUAUGAUGACUAUAAUGACAAUUAUGAAGAUUAUGAAGAUCCAUUGAUGGAUGGUAGAAACAAAAUUUACACAACUCAACAACCAUUUGUUCACAAUAAUCAAAUUAUAUAUUAUAAAAUAUAA